CUUCAUAAGUUUUUCUUUCCAUUUUAGAACCAAUGCAGUGAUUUGAAUGAUUUAUCCCCCAAUUGAUAAAUCUGAGGUCUUAUCGAUUAUGUGAUUUGAAAAUAAUUCGCUUUGGUUUUGAGUAUCGAAGUAAGGUUUUGGUAACCACGUAUAUCCCAAUCCUCGCAGUCCAUAGACUAACAUUCUGUCAAGGGUUUCUUCUAAAGAAGAAAUUGGUUGGGUUGGUCUCCACCCGUGAAAUUAUAUGUUUUCUUUUGAGAUGGAAAUUUUGUUGCUUUGUGGGUGCUCUGAGGGAAGAAUAAAGAUUCGAAGUUCUUGGCACAUAAAUUUACAGAGCAUGAUAGGAUGAGGAUCGGUAGCUCUCAUGUGGCACUUUCAAAGAACUGAGUAAUGAUUCAAAGCUGUUUUUGUGUUUAUUGAGUUUCUGAAUUUCAUUUGUUUGUUAAGAAAACCAAGUUCGAAAAUGAUGUAAUUCAAGAAAUUGAAAGAACGAGAACUUAGUGUGUAAAUUAUAUUUUUAUAUUGUUCAGUCUAAUUUCUAAACCUCUUAUCAAUAAUUGAAAAAGGGGAGAUUUUGGGAUUCUUUGUUUUUUCUGUUAUUUGUUGAUUGCUUGGGGUUCAUACAUAAUCACAGGGUGCGGAGUAAUUAACUAAUUUCUGAAUUCUUGGACCUUAUUAUCGGGGGUUGGUUUAAAAUUCAUCUGUGAACUCUGUUCUGAACGCAAUUGGUCACAAACUUUAGCCAACCCAGAAACUGUUAAACGAUUGAUCAACACUGCUUUAUAUCCUUCUUCCCAACUUAAAACUCAACCCAUGGGCCAUAACCUCUCUCUAAACCCGCGUCUGAACUGCGUCGACUGGUAUGUUUCUUAGCCAAUCUCUUGAAUUCUUUCUUGGCUAUCUUUCUGGACCUCUGUUUCCUCACAUCUCCGCUCUUCAUGUUCAGUGCCGCUGCAAUAUUUUCAUGUACUUCUCAUACCACUUGAAGUUCCAGAGCUCUUUGAACAGAAAAACUCCAAAUGGGGAGGCUGUUUCUCAUUGAAUACGAUCAGAUUCCUGGCAAGAACUUCUACUUGUGCCGUUUAUGCCAAACCCACCUUGCAGUGGCCCAAGAUGUUCUUUGUCAGACUCUUAUGACGAAAUUUGGUGUCUUUGAAAAAGUUGUCAACAUGCUGAUUGAUGGCCCAGUACAUCACGAUAGGUCUUCGAAUGGCACAACAACAGAUGCCUUUUGUACGAAAUGCAAUACGGAAUUGGGCUGGAAAUAUGUUCAGGUUGACGAGCCCACCAUGGAUAUUAGAGAAGGAAGAAUCGUGCUUGAUAUGGACAAGCUCCUGUAUUGGAAUGGAUAUGAGCUAGUGGAUGGAUGAAGAGACGAUGUAAACACCCAAUGACAUUUGAAUGGGCAGAUUACACAGAUUACAAGAACAUUGUAUGAAGACUUUAUCUAAAAGUCAUUGAACAUGCAGUUACUGCAUGGGUUCUUCUCCUCUGUUUCCUUUUUUUUUUUUUUCCUUCUGGUUUGCUAAUGAAGUUUUGAUAUGAUGAAGUUGCAUCUGCUCAAUCCGGUUUGUGGACGGUAUAAAUGAGAUCGAAUAGCUCUUUCCCCAACAUUUUAGUGUUCUGUUCAGUUUUAGCGUAUUUUUUUGACUUGAAUGAUGUUUUUUCCCAAUUGAUAAUUUCUGAUUAGUAAUCCUAUGUGCCUGAGGUGUUGAUGUUUGAAACAAUGUUCUCGAGAAGAAACUGCAGGAAUGGUAAACUUGGUCUUUUAUGAAACUGGUGGGCGGUUUAUGGUAAGAUGCUGGAAUUUGGUGGUCGUGUGGGGUUGCGAAGAUUGGAAGUAUUUUCUUGGAGCAGAUUGACAGUUCCACUCGAACAUGAAUUUUUAAUUGUGGAGAAUUGACCGCUACAUCAAAAGCAAGAAAUUUUGAGAAAAGUGGGCCAUACUCAUAGUAUGUUAUGUCCAGUUGGUGCCAAAAGUAGGUCUGAGAAACGUUAAUCAUUCAAUCAUUUCUGAUUAGUAUCACUGCAAUGGCUUCAUAUCUUGUGCUGAACAAAGAGCAAAGCUGGUUUUGGGAUUUGAGUUUCUGAAUCUCAAGUUUUUGCUAGUCCUAAAAGCAUCUCUGAUUUAAGCAAUUGGAAGGAUGAAAACCUCUUGCACUUUAUUGUUAAAGUAUAAAUUUGCGCAACGGGUGAAAAAAGGAGAAAAUAGUCAUCCCCGGUCUAUGAUGGUAGUUUGAGGUCUUGAUGAUAUGGUAAAAAAGUUUACAUGGUUAUUUGAGCUUCGAUAUGGUGCUCGAAUGUUCAACCAUGAGAAUAAACAGUCCAUGGAUUUUUUUGGAAGCGGCAUCCACUAAACUUGAUGAUUGUAUAAUCUCUCAAACCUCACUUAUCUCUCAAUAAGAUAAAGGAACUUAGAGUUUCUAGAUGUUGAAAAA